AUGGCGAUUUGUCGUGCCAAAGGUUAUCCAAACUUAUUUAUAACAUUCACAUGUAACCCGAAGUGGCCAGAGAUCCAAAGGUACAUGCUAAGAUCAAACCUCAAACCAGAAGAUAGACCUGACAUUUUGUGCAGGGUUUUCAAGAUAAAGCUCGAUGAAUUGGUGAAGGAAAUUCGUGCGGGAAAGCUUUUUGGAAAAGUUGUGGCAGUUGUAUACACCAUAGAAUUUCAAAAGAGAGGUCUACCACACGCUCACAUUCUGAUUUUCCUAGAAAGACGGCCUCAAGGCUUUACAGCAGAUAUGAUUGACCAAUUUAUUUCAGCCGAGAUACCGGACCCAAUAAUGGACAAUGCAUAUUUUAAUGCUGUUGACGAGUUUAUGAUUCACGGGCCAUGUGGUAGAGCAAGGCCUAAAUCUCCAUGCAUGGCAAACAACAAGUGUUCUAAACACUUCCCUAAGAAAUAUGCAGAUGUGUCAACAUUAGAUGAUGAUGGAUAUCCAAUCUACAGACGUCGUUCAAAUGGUCGAACAGUUGAUAAGAAUGGUAUAAAGUUGGAUAGUAGAUAUGUGGUGCCACAUAAUAGAUACCUUCUUCUCAAAUACAAAGCCCACAUCAACGUAGAAUGGUGUAACCAAUCUAGAUCAAUCAAGUAUCUGUUCAAGUAUUUGAACAAAGGCAAUGACAAGGUAACCGCAGAAUUCUAUAAGAGCACCGCAGAUGACCAUGCAAGUGAGCAUGUUGACGAAAUUACUAUGUUCUACGAUUGUAGAUACGUGUCAGCAUGCGAAGCUGCAUGGAGAUUGUUAAGCUUUGAGGUCCAGAACAGGCACCCGCCUGUGGAGAGGUUGAGCUUCCAUUUGCCGGAUUGUCAAUCAGUGGUAUUCCAGGACGAUGACAGAAUUGAGAAUGUGUUAAGUCGACCAACUGUAUACCAGAGUAUGUUUACCGCGUGGUUUGAUGCUAACAAGAAGUUUCAAUCGGCAAGGGAGUUAACUUAUAUUGAUAUGCCAACAAGAUUUGUAUGGAAGAAGGAUAUUAGAGAAUGGCAUCCGAGGAAGAGGGGUUUCUCUAUUGGAAGAAUAUUUUACGUACCGCCUGGCAGUGGAGAAAUUUAUUAUUUGAGAUGUCUCUUAAAUGUAGUUCGUGGUCCUACUAAUUUUGAUGACAUCAAGUCGUAUCAAGGUGUAGUAUAUCCAUCAUUUAUGGAUGCAUGCUAUGCAAGAGGGCUUUUAGAUGAUGACAGAGAAUACAUAGAUGCAAUCAAUGAAGCAAGUCUUUGGUCUACUGCAACAGCAAUGAGAAAACUUUUUGUAGUCUUAUUAACAUCCAACUUGGUUAACCGGCCCGAAAACGUAUGGUGUCAAGUAUGGCAUCACUUGGCAGAGGACGUACUAUUUAAUAGGCGGAGGUUAUUCUCCAAUGAUGAUCUGAGUUUGUCUGAUGAUGAGAAGAAGAAUUUAGCAUUAAUUGAGAUUGAGCGAUUGUUACAAAAGUACAACAAGUCCUUGAAAGAUUACCCUCAUAUGCCAAUUCCAAUUCUUGAAGAAUCUUGGAACCACAACAAUCGUUUGUUGUGUGAUGAGCUUGGAUAUGAUCGGGAUGCUCUACUUAUAGAGAGCGGCAGGUUAGAAAGUCAAUUAACUGAUGAGCAAUCUUUGGUGUACAACACGAUCCUAAAUAAUGUACAAAAACAGAAGGGCGGCUUUUUCUUUGUUUAUGGAUAUGGCGGCACCGGAAAGACAUUUGUUUGGAAACCACUCUCUGCAAAAAUAAGGUCACAAGGAAAAGUGGUCCUUAAUGUUGCAUCUAGCGGUAUUGCUUCUUUGCUCUUGCCAGGCGGUCGGACAGCUCACUCGCGGUUUGCUAUACCUAUUGCCGUUACAGAAGACUCGACAUGCAACAUAUCUCAAGGUAGCCAUCUUGCCCAACUAUUGAUAACUGCAAAGCUUAUAAUAUGGGACGAAGCACCAAUGAUGCACAAACAUUGCUUCGAAUGUCUAGAUAGAACUUUGAGAGAUAUUAUGCGGGUCCAAGAUUGCAAUAGUGGUAGUAAGACAUUUGGUGGUAAAACGAUGGUAUUAGGAGGUGAUUUUAGACAAAUACUACCGGUUGUGCCGAAAGGAUCAAGGCAAGAUAUUGUUUCUGCAACAAUAAACUCUUCUUACUUGUGGGGAUCAUGUCAAGUCUUGAGGUUAACAAAGAAUCUUCGCCUAAAUACAGAUGAACAAGGUGCUAAUAUUGAGGAUAUUAAAGAUUUUGCCCAGUGGUUGGCCCAAAUCGGCGAUGGUAUCUUGGGAGGCCCUAAUGACGGCUAUGCCAAAGUUAAAAUUCCUCAAGAAAUGUUGUUGCCAUCGACAGGGGACAACAUAGCAACUAUUGUGGAUAAUAUUUUUCCAAUGUUCAAAGAAGGGUGUUGUCACCAAGAGUACAUGGAGAGUCGUGCGAUAUUAGCCCCCACGCUAGAUGUUGUGAAUGCAGUGAAUGAAUAUAUGACAGAUCUCCAUGUUGCUGAAAGCCGGACAUACCUAAGUUGCGACACGGUGUAUAAGGCGGAUUCAAAUAAUGGCAUCCUAUCGGAUAUGCACACUCCAGAAUUCCUUAAUGGAUUAAAAGCAUCUGGCAUUCCUAAUCAUGCUUUAACUCUUAAAGUGGGAUCUCCAGUCAUGUUGUUGAGAAAUAUAGAUCACGCAAUGGGACUUUGCAAUGGCACAAGGCUUAUUAUCACUAGAUUAUCAGAGCAUGUUAUCGAGGCAAAAAUUGUCGCUGGUCAUAACGCUGGACAAAUCGUCUUGAUACCAAGGAUGUCAAUGACGCCAACAAAUACAAGGCUUCCAUUCAAUUUUCAAAGAAGACAAUUUCCGUUAGUGUUGGCAUAUGCGAUGACCAUUAACAAAAGCCAGGGUCAAACAUUAAAGCAUGUUGGGUUACUCUUAAAGAAACCUGUUUUUGUUCAUGGCCAAUUAUAUGUUGCUGCUUCACGUGUUAGUAACCCUAAAGGGUUUAGAAUCUUAAUAUCAAAUGAUGAUGCAGAGAGUAACAAUUAUACUACGAAUGUUGUGUACCAUGAGGUUUUCAAUAAUUUGACGGACCAAGUGGGUCACAAUCAUCUUCACCCGAUUCCGGUUGGUUUUCAAAUUCCUGCGGCCCAAGCGUCUUCUCUGCUCCAUCGAGCCUCUCUAAUGGAAGUAAAAAAAGCGGUUUUUGGGAUGAAAAAAUACGGGAGCCCUGGACCAGAUGGUAUACCAGCGGCUUUCUACCAGCAGUUCUGGGAGGAGAUAGGGCCAGCAAUGUCGGAAACGGUCAAUCAAGCCUUUGAGAAUGGGUGCACGCAUAACUCCCUCCUCCAAGCCUUCAUGACUUUCAUUCCUAAAAAAGACACCCCAGAAACAGCUGCUGAUUUCAGACCUAUUACACUACUUAAUGUGUCUUUCAAAGUUAUCUCUAAGGUCCUUGUCAACCGUCUUAGACCGAUAAUGAACACGCUGAUUGGGCCUCACCAAAAUAGUUUCCUACCAGGUCGAUCCACCAUGGAUAAUGUGAUUCUGACUCAAGAAAUAGUUCACACCUUGAACAAUAAGAGGCUGAAGAAGAAGCAAAUGAUUUUCAAAGUUGAUCUCCAGAAGGCCUAUGACAGCGUAUCGUGGGACUUCCUUGACAGCAAUUUGGAAAACUUCGGGUUCCCGAGACGCCUUAUUGAUCUCAUCCUCUUCUCCCUCUGGGAAAGCUCCAUCUCAAUUCUUUGGAAUGGGGGUCGCAUCCCUUCAGUCCUGGACGUGGUCUCCGGCAGGGUAACCCGCUGGCUCCUUAUCUUUUCAAUUUGGUUAUGGAAAGACUGA